AAGGGGGAGUGGGGGGCUGAAUCAGCCCAUCUUCCGUCAAGUUGUAACAAGAACAAGGAGUGAGUCGAGUAACUGCGGUUCCUGGAAGCUGGUGUUUUCGGCUCGUCCCAGUCUGCCUGUACAUUUAUCCUCUCAAAUUUGCAUGACAGUGAUUGUUCGUCAGGGCCAAGAAAAUGGAUCAAGGCUUAGCAGGGAGUGGUAAUCAGCGACGUUAUGGAGCAACAGACGGAGUACCGGCUGUUUCCUUUGCUGGGGGACUUGCUCAGAGUGGACUGGCUGGAGGGGGUCUUGCAGGUGGUGGUCUAGCAGGUGACAGUAAUGUAUCUCAGUUCAGUCCAACUGAGUUGUUUAAUCUCUGUGAAAACAUAACAACAAAUAUUUACAAAAUUAAUAAUGGGCGGAAAGAAGUAGAACGGGAGUUGCGCUCCAUUGGUACUUUUAAAGAUACUCAAGGCCUGCGAGAUCAGAUACAUAAUACUCAUGUUAGUUGCAAUGAGUUAAUUAAGCAAACAACACAUGAGUUAGCACGUCACACUGAAGUUGUCAGGCGAGGAAACAGACAGCAGAAAUUGCAAGCAGAGCGUCUUAGGGAAGAAUUCUCCCAGGCUGUCACGAACUACUGCAGUGCUCAAAAGCAAAUAUCUGAGAAAAUGAAGCUACACAUACCAGCAAUUGUUCCUGGAAGCCCUGAUGUUGAUGCUACUGAGGAUGAAUCAGAGCGACUACUAGCGAUGGAAAGAAGGCAACAAGAACAAAAGCUAAAGCAGCGAGAGCUUGAAUUUGAAUCUGGUUUGAUGGAAGAGCGAGUGCAACGAAUUCAAGCAAUUGAGAAUGAUAUUAUCGAUGUCAAUCAAAUUAUGAGGGAAUUAAGUGCUAUGGUGCAUCAGCAGGGUGAAACUGUUGGUUCCAUUGAAGAUAACAUUGAAAAUGUUCAUGGUAAUGUUGAAUUAGGAAGACAAGAACUUCAGAAAGCAGCUGGAUAUCAAAACAAGUACAGACGAAAAAUACUUUGCCUCUUGGUCACUGCAAUUAUUAUUGCCACGGUUCUGGGAAUCAUUAUCUACGUAUCAGUGAAAAGAUAAAUUAAGUUUUUAAUUAUUCUCCCCAGCUCUUCAUGUUUGUGAAGAGAAGGGUUGUCCUGGAGAAAGAAGCAGGAAUGGUGCCUAUUACUAAAUUUAAACGUGAUCAGUGUAGAUCAGAAUAUACCUAGUUAUAUCUUUAUUUACCUAAUAAUCAGAAUUUGAAUUGACUGGAAA